AUGGCCGACAUCAACGUGACCCCAGAGCUUCAAAACGCCAGAAUGCCAUCAAAUCUAUCGCGUGAGGAAAGGAUAGCUUAUAUGGCCAACCAUGUUGAAACGAUUCAGAAGUUGAAUCCCGAGACCGACAUGAAGCUGGACACAAAUUGGUGGAAAGCAUCCGUCAACCUUAGCUCCGACAUUGAUGAAUUUCUUGAUGCCGAGACGAAGAAAAAGGUGAACGAAACAACUAUGAAGAUGUUCCAACCGGGGGCGGGGCUAGACACGGCCAAAGCAGUUCGCGAAGAAUUAAAAGAGCUUUUGGUGGGCCAUGAAAAUAUCUAUGAAUCCCUCGAGGCUUCGCUGUUUGCGGAUGACAAAUCCCUGCAACAAGCACAAGAGCUUCUUAAGGAGAAGAUUGCCACAGGUGAAUUGGCAUUCCCUGGUGUCGCGGAACAGAAGAGCUUGGGUUCUCAGUAG